CUCUCUCUCUCUCUCUCUCUCUCUCUCUCUCACACAUAUUAGAGCCGUCGCCACUCGCCACCCGCCACCCGCCACCCGCCACCCGCUACCCAGAAAAGUAGAAAACCCUAGAGAGAGAGAGAGGGGGCAACAAACAAGCAUGGCGGCUCCCCCGAUGAAAUCGGUGCAGUGCUUCGGGCGCAAGAAGACGGCGGUGGCGGUGACGUACUGCAAGGAAGGGCGGGGGUUGAUAAAGAUCAACGGGUGCCCAAUCGAGCUGGUGGAGCCGGAGAUCCUCCGGUUCAAGGCCUACGAGCCGAUACUCCUGCUGGGACGACACCGUUUCGCGGGCGUUGACAUGAGGAUCCGCGUCAAGGGAGGAGGUCACACUUCACAGAUCUACGCGAUCCGUCAGAGCAUCGCCAAGGCGUUGGUGGCUUAUUACCAGAAGUUUGUGGAUGAGCAGAGCAAGAAGGAGAUCAAGGACAUUCUGGUCAGGUACGACCGUACUCUCCUUGUGGCUGAUCCAAGGCGCUGCGAGCCCAAGAAGUUUGGUGGUCGUGGUGCCAGAGCUAGGUUCCAGAAGUCUUACCGUUAGAGCCGAGAGCUUUGUACGUUUUUGCUAUUAUUAUGAAGUGUUUGCUGUAACCUUGUUUCGGAUAUUUAUGCUUAAUGCUACUUUGAGAAAUCAUUCUCUGCA